UCAAUGUUUAUAAAUAUCACUUCUAUGUACAAACUUUCUGAACAAAACUCCAACCAAAAAAGAGUUGAAACAUAAUAGAGUUAAAAAUGGCAUCUGUGCCUAUGAUUGAUGCAACAAGGGACAUCGGCGCUGGAACCACGAGGUGGUGUCCAACGCCGGAGCAGGUGAUGCUAUUGGAAGGAAUGUAUAGAGGCGGCCUGAAAACUCCUUCGUUGACUCAAAUACAACAAAUAACGACAAGGUUGUCAAUUUAUGGAAAAAUACAAGAAAAAAAUGUGUUCUAUUGGUUUCAAAAUCAUAAAGCUCGCGAGCGAAAAAAGCUUCGAAAGAAACUCAUGGACAUGUACCAGCAGCAUCACCAUUACGUUGGUGGAGAUGAAGACGGAUCCAACUCUAGAAAGAUUAUCAUCAAUGGGAAAAUGGAUUUCCAUUCUGAUCAAACCUGCAACCUCAUGUGUAAUUGCCCACUUAUGACUAUGAUGAUGAUGAUGAUGAAUCAUGAUACAACUCCAUAUUGCACAAGAGUACCACCCAAAACCCUAGAACUCUUCCGGUUACCACCACCACCGCUGAACUCAAAGGCAAUGAUCUGUCCAACAACACUAAUCCUUAGUCCAAUGUCCAGCACCACCAAUCUGUUAGUGGUCUUAAUAUAG